AUGAGUCAAGUGGUCAAAGUUAUUCACAAGUCGUCCGACCGAAGCUCCAGCGGUCAUCAGCAUGCUAAGAUCACUUCUAUUCCAAUACAGAAGAUGAGUUCUCUUUCCUCGCGUGAUCGCAUUGUUUACCGACUUGUGCUCACCGGUGGCCCUUGCAGCGGCAAGACUACCGGCCAAGCUCGGAUUUCCACCUUUUUCGAGAAUCUCGGAUUCAAGGUGUACCGAGUUCCUGAGGCGGCGACCACGCUCUUCAGCGGCGGUGUUCGCUUCUCCGAGCUGAGCCCUGCCGAGAGGGACAAGUUCCAGGAGAACCUCGUCAAGGUGAUGAUCUCCAUGGAAAGAGCCUUCUUCACACUGGCCAGUUCCUGCAAGCAGAACUGCAUCGUCAUCUGCGACCGAGGCAUCAUGGACGCCAGCGCCUACAUGAGCCAGGAGAGCUGGGCGGCGGUGCUGAAAAACAACGGCUGGAACCCCGUCGAGCUGCGAGACAAUCGCUACAAUCAGGUAGUGCACCUGGUCACCGCGGCCAGCGGGGCGGAGGCCUACUACAACUGCGAGGACAAUCCCUGCCGAACGGAGGGGCUGGAGCAGGCACGGGAGCUAGAUCGACGCACCGCCGAAGCUUGGCUCGGCCACCCCUACAUCGACGUCAUCGACAAUAGCACGGACUUUGACACGAAGAUGCGUCGGAUGAUCUCCACGGUGUGUCGACGCAUCGGCAUCAACCCCGGAGACCGUCUGCAGGCUGACGCUCGCAAGACCAAGUUCCUCGUGAAGGGACCAGUGCCUCCGAGCACCGCCUUCCCGCCGUACCAGGACUUUGACAUGGCCGUCGACUUCCUCGUCACCUCCAAUCCAAAGGUUCAGUCGCGUCUACGAAAGAGAGGUCAGCAUAACCGCUGGAGCUUUCAGCAUCUGAUCCGGCGCUCUGACGCCGGCUCCCAGGAAGUGGAACUGCGCCGGCAGAUUCGCAGCAGGGACUACAUGACAAUGCUGGCCCAGCGCAGCGACAGUCACUACACCAUCGUCAAGGUGCGUCGAUGCUUCCUCUGGCAGCAGGUCUACUUUCAGCUGGACAUCUACCAGGAGCCCAGCACCAGUCGCUGUUCGGGUCUGCUCAUCCUCGAGACGUACACUACCCUGUCGGCGGAGGAGAUCACCCGCAAACUGCCGCCCUUUCUCAGCAUCAUCCGCGAGGUGACCAACGACAGCGACUACUGUACGCACAGUCUCGCCUUGAAGAGCGCCGAUAAUGGUGAACUGUAA